UGGUGUCUGGACCGACACUGAAUGCAACACCACUGCGGGCAGUCCCGAUUAGGAGUGCGGGUUCAGAGCUAUUUGACAGAGUUUCCAGCCAGUUGGGCAAGGCGCCAGCUGUGUACGGUGGGCCAUCGCCAAUGGGCGGCACACCUGAUAAUAUGCUGCCACCUAAGAAAAGGUCAACUAGCGAUGCAAUGUACGAUCCGGACACUAAAGAGUUGAUAGUGUACACAGCAACGAAGUGCAAGAGGGCAAGGGCCGAGAUUAAUUAUGUCGUUUGCGGGAGAAAGAAGGUGAAUGUUUCUGAAAGGACAAAGUGCCCUUUCUCGCUUGAGGUUGGUUUCAGAGCACCGACAGAUAAGGUUGCUGAGUUGGGGUACCGCAACAUGAUAUUUGCGAAGCAGGCUGAUAUGAAGAAGCUCUGGGUUAUACACCUGACACCAACACUUCUUAAGAUGUCUGGAUUUGACAUGCUGACGGAGUUCCAUAGGUAUGGUUGCCUAGGGAAGAAGGGUUACAUUGCUGUGACUAGGAUGUUGGCAGAUGGGGAGAAUACAUGGCAUAGUGAGGGAGACCUGACGAGGUGGAGGCAUCCGAUGCCUCUCGAAUGGGCAGAGGAAGUGAUGGGUGGCUGUGAUUGUCUUGAAGACAGAAGGAUGAGGGACAUGUUUGUUGGGGCAGCUAUAAGAUAUAACGUCGAGACGUGCCAAAUGGUUUGGGUACCCAGGAUGACAAGCAGCGGGCUCAUGGUCCUGUACGGGUUUGACUUCGAGUGUGAGACCCUGCAUGUGUUUGAUCCGAAGAGGUGCACAUGUGGGAGGGAGCUUCUUGAAUCCAUCCACUUUGAUAUAUGUGACAAGUUGCUUCAGGGCAUGGCUGAUUGCAUAGAAUCUUGCUUCGAUGGUUGGGAAGUGGAUCAAUCGAAGUGGAAGUUUGUUUGCCAUGAAUAUCUAAACGAGCCCAUCGCAAGUGCCGAUGCAGUGUUGUAUGUGAUACACUACAUGAUGUACUUCGAUGGUGUGUGCGUUCGAAGGCCACUGCGGAAUGCUGACCUGUAUGGCAUGAAGCUGCGGUUGGCUAACAUGGUGCUGAACAUGCCUGGCAAUGUUGGGCACCCUCCUGAGAAUGUGAAAAAUCCAGAGGUCGAGGAUACGGCGACUUUGAGCUCGGGUGCAGAGCCGUUUGCAGCUUGAAGAAACUGAACUCCAGUAGUCAUGUUGCUUGAACUAGCAGCUGGUUUGCUAUAUUUGAAUUCCAUAAAUAAUCGCACUCUCUGUUCUACCAGUAUGUCUGUAAUAUGACCUAUAAUUUGGUUGUGACAAUAUCUAUCGACUUAUAUUAUGUGAUGGUGGUGUCUGUUGGUUGUUUGCCGAGACGGUCUAAAUGUUUCUUUUUUCAAGUAGCUUACUUUGCAAAUGCAGUUUGGACUAUGUGGCAUGUUGUAAUGCAAGGUUUGCGGAAAAGAUGCAC